AUGGCCAAAUGUCAUUAUUGUGGAAACUUGAUUGAAUUCAAGGACGAGACAAGUGCUAUGACUAUGCAUCUGAAAAGAUGUAAGGAGCAUCCUGAUAAUCAAGAACUCAAAAGGCAAAAAACACAAAGGGAUGAAUUAGGUGUUGUCUCUUCACCUCAUUCAACGUUUGACCAAGAGGCAUGUCAAUUGGAACUUGUGAAGAUGUUUGUGGGAGCAGAGCUUCCUUUUCAAUUUGUGGAGAAUGUGUUUUUUCGAAACUUUGUGAAUGUCUUACAACCACAGUUUGAUAUUCCACCCCGCUGUACAUUAAGGCGUGCUAUUUGUUCACUUUUUCAUGCGGAGAGAGAAAGCCUUAAAAUUUUAAUCUCAAAACAUCGUGGGAGGGUUUGUCUUACGACAGACACAUGGACUUCUAUCCAAAAUCUAAGCUACAUGAAUCUAACUGCACAUUUCAUUGAUAAAAAAUGGAAUUUGCAUAAGAGAAUCUUGAAUUUUUGUAAAAUCACAAGCCAUACAGAAGAGUUCAUGGCUAAGGAAGUCGAGACAUGUUUAAAUGCUUGGGAGUUGAAUCGUGUCUUUAGCAUAACAAUUGAAAAUGCAUCGUCUAAUGACGUCGAAAUUAAAUUUAUGAAGAAGUGGAUGAAUGCAAGGAACUGUUUGCUCUUGAACGGAGAAUCUAUCCAUAUGUGGUGUUGUGCACAUAUCUUGAGUUUGAUUGUAAAGGAAGGUUUAAAAGAUGAGGACAUUUCUAUCACAAGAAUCCGGAAAGCAGUCAAGUAUGUGAGAUUGUCUCCUUCAAGAUUGGCAAGGUUUAAGGGAUGCGUUGAAAGAGAGAAUUUUUUUUAUAAAGAAAUUGUCGAUGCUAAGUAUGUCAAAGAACUAUCUAAGGAUAAAGGCCAUGGAGUACCUCUAUCCAAGGAUUGGGACUUUGCUAAUAUGGUGCUUCCCUUUUUGAAGAUUUUCUAUAUGCUACUAUGCGUGAGCACAAUGAUGCAAGCAUAA